ACAUGCUGUUGUUGGUUAAACACUUCACUGUUAGAUAUUCCUGACACACCCAGGCUGUCUCUUGACAGAUUAAAAGACAGAAAGCAUCCAAUACUAGCAUCCUGAGGUAGCGUAGAGUGGCCUCAGAAGAGAUUUUGGAGGAGAUAGCCAAUGAAGAGGUGGCCUCCAAGAGACAUACCCAGUUAAGAUGACACAGGAACAGUACUUGACUCAACGAGACAACAUCCAGACCUCAGAAAACCAAUAUGUCUACAAAAUCGGGAUUUAUGGUUGGCGAAAGCGGUGCCUUUAUUUUUUUGUCCUCCUCUUGAUGAUUCUGCUCUUGGUGAAUCUCGCUCUGACAAUAUGGAUCCUGAAGGUCAUGAAUUUUACGAAAGAUGGCAUGGGACAUCUAAGAAUCACUGACAAGGGCCUGCGGUUAGAAGGACCAUCUGAGUUUUUGCAGCCUUUGUAUGCCAAAGAAAUCCGAUCCAAAGCAGACAGCUCCCUUUACUUGCAGUCUUCUAGGAAUGUUACAGUCAGCAUCCGCAAUAGUCAGGAUCAGACUGUUACACAGUUAAAUACAGGAAGUGAAGCUAUAGAAGCACGUGGCAAGCGUUUUGAAGUCACCUCUAAUACCAACAAGUUAUUGUUUUCAGCGGAGGACAGUGAAGUAGUUGUUGGUGCUGAUCGUUUACGAGUCUUAGGUGCUGAAGGAGCUGUGUUUGAAAGGUCUCUAGAAACACCACAUAUCCGAGCUGAACCUUUUAAAGAAUUGAGACUAGAAUCACCUACACGUUCACUAAUACUGGAGGCACCAAAAGGAGUUGAGAUCCAUGCAGAGGCGGGUAACAUGCAGGCUAUUUGUCGAACAGAAUUGAAAUUGGAAUCUGAAGAUGGUGAGAUCAAUUUGGAAGCUAGAAACAUAAAACUCCCCAGGCUACCUAUGGGUUCAUACACUUCCUCAUCAUCAACUCAACAAAAUGUUUUUGAGGUGUGUGCUUGCCCAAAUGGCAAACUGUUCCUUUCUCAAGCAGGAGUGGGCUCCACAUGUCGGAUAAGCAGUAGUGUCUGUCUAUAAAAUAAAUUAAAAAUAAACCUUUGCAGGGACAGAAAUCUACAAGUAUUGCCAGCAAUGUCAGGCCUGUUGAAUUUGGACAUUUAUUGGCGGCCAUAGCUGUGUGGCGUCAGCCUGCUGGACAUCAUGGGAAAGGCCUCCUAAAUAGACACUUUGUGCUGACUGUCUUCAAACCCUGUUCAAAGUAUUGUUUCAGUAUAGGGGUUAUAAACAAAACAGGAAUAAUUUAUACUGAGACGUAUUGCUAUAACAUCUCUGUUCAAAGAGGGUAAAAACAAAUGUAUGCCUUUGCCUUAACUGAAUGCACUCAGCAAGGAAAGCACAUUAUUUUUAAGUUUCAUGUGUGUAAUUUGGAGUGCAAAGAUUACAAAAUGUGUAAACUGAUCAAUAUCCAGUACUGACAUUGAACCCAAUAAUCAUCAGGUUUUGGACUGUAGGUGCUUUGAUUGAGUAUAUUAGGAAAGAAAAGAAAUGGCUUAGCAGAUGGUAUGGCAAGGUACGGCUCAUUUAUUUGCUAACUUUUAGCAACAAAUUGGUGUGUUGGCAGUUGUCAGUAAUCACAACAAUCCCAUUUUGAGGGAUUUUUUGUGGUACACUACUAAUGUAUCCCAGUUAUUGUUUUUUUUUAAAAAAACCUGACGUCAUUAAAAGUCAACUUAUUAAUAAAUGCUUCCAUUUUUAAUUCAAUUUUGGUUUUUGGGAAAUUAAUUGAAUUAGUCUUGACGAGUACUUUGGUGCAGCAUUGAGGGAGUAUGACCUUUUCAGAGAUGCGACCAUUUUAAUAAGAUGUUAAAUUCAUCCUCUAUCUGCUGUUGUGGAUAUAAAUAAACCUAUGGCACUAUUCAAAGAACAUGUGCCUCCGUUAACCAACAUAACCAUCAAAAAACAGACAACAUGAACUAUCACAUUUCCAUACACAACAUUGAUGAUGACACUUUCAAAUUAUUUGAUUAUAUGUGAGGUGUUUUUGAGAGAGCUGAUAAGAAGCUGCAUAAAUGCAAGAUCUCUCUUAUUGUAACUUAAAUAAUAUUUCAGAGUUUGAUUGUUAAAAGUUAUUGCAUCAUUUUAAUUUUUCACCCCUAAAAUAUUCAUUUUGAGUUUUUUGUUCGUUACUGUGGUUAUUAUCCUUAACCAUCACCUGAAAAGAUUUUGAAGAAUUUUGAGAGAGUUAUCUUCAUUUAUAUUUUCUUCCUUUUGUCUCACCUCAAUGCCACUCAUAUCCAGCCAUCUACAUCAUCUGGAGACCUGCUCCAGGUUUCCGAGAAUCUUGUUGAUGAACCAGUUACUUCUUUAGAAACAUGACACUGGUCUCCACAGGUGUAUUUAUGAGGAAAAAUGAGCAUUCCCCUUUCCUUUUACCUGUAAUAUAAUGCCUGAUCUUCUUUUGUCACCUUUCAGACAGGUCAGGCUCACUAGGUAGGGAAUUCUGUGGGCAUUCUUUGAAUCAGCAAUUUGGAGUCUGAGUGGUAGGACUUUUUUUUCUCUAUUCAUUCACGGGAUGAGGGCGUCAUUGGCUACACCAGCGUUUAUUGCCGAUCCCUAAUAGACCAGAGGACAGUUAUGAGUCAACUGCAUUGCUGCAAGUCUGGGGUCACAUGUAGUCCAGACAAAGUAAGGAUGGCAGUUUCCUUCCCUAAAGGACCAGAUGGGUUGGAGUAAUGUUUGCUUUAUUGAAGAGUGGACAGUCUUUUAGUAAUAUAGAUGGAGAUAUUAAUUAAUUAAUUCCCACAACAUUCCAGAAGGUUAAACAAUUGGCAAUCGGAAUAUUUGAGAAAAAGUGAUUUGAAAGCAAUGACAACAUUGGGUCACUAAUAGCAUUUGCUACUUUUUGACUCUUAACAAAGUUAGAAAAGAUAAGGUUUUUUUUAGAAAUGAACAAAGAAUUAAGUCAUUUAAGUUACUCCGCAUACAGUGCUGUGGUCUAAACAUAUCAAGACCAUUAACGUGUAAAACAAUGUAGUUAUUCCAAUAUGCAAAGAUAACCAGUAAAAAUGCUACUUUCAAUUAAACCAUGCUGAUAUUUAAAGUCAAGAAUGAGUUUUUGUUUGGAAAAUCUGCUGGAAACUGAUCGGCUAAAGUCACUGGUUUUAAAGCCAUUGGUGUAAUGGACUACAGUCUACAGCCUGCUGAUUUUGAGGGAACUGUAAUCGGUGCACUCCUGGUGUGUAUGUACUGGUGUGUUGUGGUAGAUCAAUAGAAAAAUAUUUUGGGCUUUUUAUAUAUUAUGAACCUACUUUAUGGCUUUGAGUUACUGAGUAAGAAAGAGUCACAGACCAAAGACUGAUGGGAAUUCAGCCACACUGUCCAUACAUUAUAUGGUGCUUACUUUCAUGAUUCUGUGAGGGCCUAGUAAGGUGUCAUCUUAUUUCCUGUCAACGGGAUCAAGACCAGGGCAGACCACAACAGCAGGAUUUGCAGAAAUUAGCAAAAUACAUUGGAAAACUCUCAGGGGCAGGAUUGGAAGUGAGGCCAGAGGAACAGGUCUUGGCUGACUAAUAUAUGUACAUUAUACACAUAUCAUUCAAAAUUUUGGAGUCUUUUUGAAGAACCAGACAGAAAUGCCAAAUCCAAAGUUAUGAUCAGCAAGCAACUUUGCAUACGGCUACAGUCAGUGUUCAGGAAAUGCUGUCCUGUCCAUUAUUACCACACUGUCCACUUAGUUAACUUUAGAAUUUAAAUUGGAUCAGCCUCGAUAAUUUUUAUUUAUUUUCCUUUCUAGUAGACACAUGAUUAUCAGUCUGUUGCACACUAUAAUGUUUUCACUGUGACAGACAAACUUUGUGGUCACAAAGAAUAAAGCCUGUUCAUUUUGAAAAGAAAUUGUGUUUGCUUUUUUCUAAAAAAAAGGCAAUAGUGCUUUGAGGCUGAUUUUUUAUGGCAAGGGACUUUCACAGAUGCCAACUGCAUGUUGAAGUUAAAAUUUAUUAUUUGAACAAGAACUGUCAGCUUCUUGCUGAAGUAAAGCAUAUAUUUGGCACAGGAACCCCAUAUCAUUAACAACACUGAAUAAAUAGGCCCACCAGACACCUCAAAUAAACUAUGGUUUAAUGUUAUUAUUGUUUACUGGUAAAUAUUUAUGUAAAAAUCAAAUUUAACUGUUGCUGAAAUGACACCAUACCAUUACAUAGACCUUGUAGCACAGAAAUAGGCCAUUCAGCUCAACUGAAAAUAAGAGUGUUUAUACCUCACAUGAACUUCUUCCACCCUAUUUUAUCUCAGUCUAGCAUCAUAACCUUCCAUUCCUUACACUUUUAAGUACUUAUCAAACUUCUCCUGAAGUGUAUCCAUGCUAUUCCUCUCCUAUGCCACAAGGCAGUGGAACAAAAUUAAAAGAAAGCAGAAAAAUAAUUUUUUUCAAUGAAAUACCCAAUCAUAGGUACCCUUCGCUCUUAUACAAACAACUGAAGAAGGGGAAGGCCAAUGAGAGAGAUUACCAUAAAUGGUAGUUGGGUUUUUAGUGUCAUUACAUUUGAGAUAUUUUGGAGCAUUUUUGUUUUCUUCAAUGCUUUGAUAGUAUCUUAAUUUGAUUCUGCUUUCUGUUAAUUCAUAUAUUUAUUCAGUGCAACAUCAAAGCCUGGGGAAAUACUAGAAAUUAUUCUGAGAAAAGACUUCAUUCAUUGAUAGCGUUUGCAUCCUGUUUAUAAGGAACUUGUAGGAUCAUCUUUCCUGGUUUUGUUUGGUUGCAAAUCAGCUUAAAUUGUCAGAGAGAUACUUCUCUAAAAAUUCUUCGAGGGUCAUUGGUGUG